AUGCUUAACGGAGCUCUCUUAGACAGAGUACAGAGUUUCAAGUACCUAGGGCAUAUUGUUACUGCGGACCUCAAGGAUGAUGUGGAUAUGGAGCGGGAGCGGAGGGCGUUGUGCGUAAGGGCGAACAUGUUGGCUCGCAGGUUUGCUCGUUGUAGUAGUGACGUGAAGAUAACGCUUUUCAAAGCGUACUGCACGUCGCUGUACACGUGUGGCCUGUGGGCGGACUACACGCAAAGAGCGUACAACGCGCUCCGCGUCCAGUACAAUAACGCAUUCAGGGCGGUGUUGGGGCUGCCCCGCUACUGUAGCGCUUCGGGCAUGUUCGCGGGGGCCCACACGGCCUGUUUCCACGCCACCAUGCGCGUGCGCGCAGCUGCGCUGGUACGGCGCGUGCGGGCCAGCGCCAACACUGUCCUGGCGAUGAUCGCAGAUCGGCUUGACUGUCCUUAUAUUGUGCACUGUUGCAACAGGCAUGUAAGGACAGGUGUAGGUUAG